AUGAUUCCGCCACCGCCGCCGUCGCCUCUCCCUCCCGGGCCACCGACACCCCUCCCGUCGCUCGCCGACGUGUGGGACGAGGACGCCUCGCCGUCGCCGUCCCCCGACGCCGCCCGCCAGCCCGGCCCGUCGCUCAGGGAGAAAGCGCGAGCCGCGGCCGCUGCAGUCGCCGCCGCAGCAGCUGCAGCGGGCAGAGACGGCACGAAUGGCGCCACAACCCGCGGGUUUCUCCCGCAGAUCGCGGAACGGCCGGAGUUGCCGUACGCGAAUGGCCCGAGAGGGCGCUUCGAGGACGAGGCGGGCGCGACGGGCAGCAAGCUGCAGUCGCGCGACGUGAAGCGGCGGCUGCGGCCGCUGAGCAUCGACUUCGACCAGCAGGACGACGACCAUCGCGCCGGCAACAAGGCCGGCAAGGGUUCCGCCGCCGCCGCCGCCGCCGCAGGAGCGGGAGCGAUGGGGAACGGCGUGGCGUCGGCGGGAGCGGGCGGCAUGUCGGCGGACGACGAGGAGAACGACGACAUCGAGAUGCUGCUGUCGCCGGGCGUCCUCGUCUCCGCGCGCAUCCCGCACUUCCCCCCGGCUGCGCGGCCCUCCCCACGACACCGGCUAUUCCCGCACGGGCUGGCGGGCGCGGGGAGCGCGUUUUCCGCGGAAAGCAUCCGCGCGUGGUGCGAGCGGACGUGGGCAUCCAUGACGCCGCCCAGCCUGCCGGGGAAGCUCGCCGCGGGCCCCGCCGUGCUGAUGGGCGCGCUUCUACUCAUCGUGCUCGCGCUGCUCGCCGCCACCAUCGCCGUCUUUUCCCGCGGGGACGGCGGCGCGGACGGCGGCGACGGUGUGGGCGUGGCGGCGUGGGAGGAGCACGUGGUGCGCGUGAACGAGGUGCAGACGCUGGGCAGCCGGUACAGCUACCACGCGGCGCCCGAGGCGGACGUGAUGCGGUGGAUGGAGGAGGCGGGGCUCGCCACCAUGAUCGCGUCGUCCAACUUCUCGCACCGCCCGCUCAAGGACCAGCUGCGCGCCGGCUACCGCUUCAUCCAGCUCGACGUGUUCUACGACCCGGCGGGCGGGCGGUACUUCAACCGCAAGGUGUACGAGCAGCUGGGCCGCCCCACCGCCUCCAUGCGCCCCGAGCUGCAGGCGCCCGGCUUCAAGGUGCUGCGGGUACCGGACGUGGACUUUGGGUCGACGUGUCUGACGCUGCGCGACUGCCUGCUGCAGGUCAUGGAGUUCAGCGACGCCUCGCCGCGCCACGUGCCCAUCGCCAUCGCCAUCGACUUUGGAGACGCCUCCGCCUUCAUCCGCCCCCUCAACACGCUCCUCACCUCGCCUCUGCCCAUCGAUGAGCAGUGUCUGCUGGACCUGGAGGCGGAGAUCCAGUCAGUGGUGCCGCGAGCGCGCAUCAUCACCCCGGACGACGUGCGUGGCACGCACCCCACGCUCAACAUCGCCGUGCGCACGGGCCUCGCCUGGCCCGCACUCGCCUCCGCGGCCUCGCACAUGCUCUUCUUCCUCUCCUCGCGCAGCGCCAUCUCCGUCUACCAGCGCAUGGCGCCCACCCUCGAGGGGCGCCUCAUGUUCACGGCGCACACGGCGGCGGGCGACGGGGACAUCCCGCACUCGCCGGACCAGGCGGCGCUGAUUGUGGAGUCGCUGGGGUCCACGGCGCGCGACCUUGUUGCGUCGGGGCACUUUGUCAUCUGCCCCGUGCUGUCGCUGCGCUCGCCGCUGGCGCGCUUCAUGUGGGAGCAGGCGGUGGCGGCGGGGUGCCAGGUGAUCAUUGUGGACGACCUGUGGAAUGAAGUGCCAGUGCCCCCCGGGGACCCCGCCCACCAGGCCGGCGCCAGAGGGGCUUCCGAGGCCGCUGCUGCUGGGGGAGGGGAGGGGGAAGGGAAGGGGGGCGAGGGGGAGGGGGAGGAGUUUGAGGUGGCGGAGCUGGUGAAGGCGGGGUCGGGCGUGCAGGCGCGGUGCAUCCAGAAGCUCAACCCCAGCGCGUGCAAAUCCCCUCCCUGGGACCACAUUGCAGAGCCGCUGCCCGGGGAGUGA